UUCGCCCCUAACCGGAAGUUCGUUUUAAACUGUGCAGUCAGUUCCUACUUCCAGUUUCAUGAUGUCUAAGUUCAAAACAGUAACUUGGCCUAAAGUGAUUUUAUUUGGCGACUCCAUCACACAGUUCUCAUUUCAGGCCAAUGGGUGGGGUGCAGAAAUUGCCAACAAACUGGCAAGAAAGUGCGAUGUUGUAAACAGAGGACUGUCCGGCUACAACUCCAGAUGGGCAAAGAUCGUUCUUCCUCGCCUCAUCGGCAGCCAGAGCGCAGCAGACAACAUAGCUGCCGUCACUGUCUUCUUUGGAGCCAACGACUGUGCACUGGAAGAUAAAAACCCCCAGCAGCACAUCCCUCUGCAGGAGUAUUCAGAGAACCUGAAGGAGAUCACCUGGCUUUUGGCUUCAGCCGGAGUACCAGCAGACAAAGUUAUCUUCAUCACCCCUCCACCUGUUCAUGAGUCGGCCUGGGAGAAGGAGUGCAUUUUGAAAGGAAGUCCUCUCAACCGCCACAACUCUGUAGCGGGGCAGUACGCCCAGGCGUGUGUUCAGGCUGCUGGUCAGUGUGGCACAGACAUCCUGGACCUCUGGACACUCAUGCAGAAAGAUGGACAAGACUACACAGUGUACCUGUCUGAUGGACUUCAUCUCUCAGAGAAGGGAAAUCAGUUUGUGGCCCAACACCUGUGGGGGCUGCUGGAGAGCCGAGUGGCCGACCUGCCCUUCAUCCUGCCCUACUGGGGAGACGUGGACGCCAAGAGCCCCGAGAGCAGCCUCCUCUGUAACCAGUGAAGAAGAGGUUGUCGGACGUUUUCCCUUGAGGGAAAAUAUUCUGGACUGGACAUUUUAUAGAGAACCUGACAUUGGACUGCGUUCCUGCUAUGAAACAAUGGAGCAGCUGUGUUUUGUGUUUGCCAGGUAUGUCCAAUACAAGACCAUGUAUUAAUGUUUAAAAUGCACAAUAAAGAUUUUUAUUUAAAGA